AUGUCUCUCCCGUCCCGUCAGCAGCGGGACCUCACCAGAUUCGGAUAUAGCUCUUCGAGCGAAUCCGACGAACCGCCACAGAAGGCGAAGAAAGCCAGGACCAGCAACCCAAACCAGAAGAAGAAAAAGAAGCACAAGCCACCGCCCCAGCAGACCAUCAACAAAAUAUGGAGGCACUUUACCACCAAGCAGUUUACCAAGGCCUUGGCCGUGCUGCCGUUCGAUCCGGUGCCGCUCCCCAGCACCCCCGAACGGCCCAACGAGCUCUUGGUCUCCGGAUAUGAGCGUGCGCGGGAUGAGUGUUCGCGCAAGGUGAAGAAGAUUAUUGCCGAGUGCAAGCGAGUCAAUACUCGUUACCGAGACCCGGGAUUCGAUUUGGACUGGGAUCUCAAAUGUCUCAAGGGAGACUGCCUUAACCACCUAGGAUCAGACGAGUUUAACAUCUGGGCCAACAAGAAAAACAGCACCAACACCUCGGUGCCCAAGGCCGUGAAGCGCGUGCACGAGAUCUUUGAGAAGCCGACCUUCCUAAAGAAUGUCGACGCCGCGGAGCCGAAGCAGGGCGCGCUCGGCGAUUGCUGGUUCGUUGCCGGGCUGAGCGCACUCGCUAACGUCGAGGAUGGCAUCAAGCGCAUUUGCGUCGAAUACGAUACCCGCAUCGGAAUCUACGGCUUCGUCUUCCACCGCGACGGCGAGUGGAUCUACUCCAUCAUCGACGACAAGCUGUACCUGACGUCCCCCUGCUGGGACUCGCCGAGCAUGCAGCGCGAGAUGCUGCAGCAGAUCGACCGCGAGGACCCGGACAAGGUGUAUCGCCGGACGUAUCAGACGGGGUCCAAGGCCUUAUUCUUCAGCCAGUGCCGCGACCAGCGCGAGACCUGGGUCGCGCUGCUCGAGAAGGCGUACGCCAAGGCCCACGGCGACUACGGCUCGCUCUCCGGCGGCUGGAUCGGCGAGGCGCUCGAGGAUCUGUCCGGAGGUGUUACGACGGAGUUGCUUGGGUCUGACAUUCUUGAUCUCGAUGCGUUCUGGGACGAUGAGCUGAGCAAGGUCAACCAGGAGUUCCUCUUCGGCUGCGCUACGGGCUUGCUUGACGGGGGCUAUGGUGAGAGGAAUGGGAUUCGUGAGGGGCAUGCGUAUGUUGUGAUGGAUGCGCGGACGUUGAAGAGUGGACAGCGGCUCGUGAAACUUAGAAACCCUUGGGGUAGACUGCGAAAAGGUGUCUGGGAAGGCGCCUGGUCCGACGGGUCCAAGGAGUGGAACAACGAGGUGAAAGAAGAGCUCGGCCACCAAUUCGGCAACGACUCCGUCUUCUGGAUCACCUACGAGGACCUGCUGGAGAAGUACCAGCACUUCGACCGGACGCGUCUGUUCCGGGACCCCUCGUGGCGGUGCUGCCAGCGGUGGAUCGGCGUGGAAGUGCCGUGGAAAGCGCAGUGGAACGAGAAGUUCCACCUCAAGCUGACCAAGGAAUCCCCCCUGGUGCUGGUGCUCCAGCAGCUCGACAACCGGUAUUACAAGGGCCUGCACGGGCAGUACCGGUUCCGGAUGCACUUCCGGGUGCACGAGCAGGGGCGGCCGGACAGCGAGGACUACAUCGUGCGCUCGCACGGCAACUACCUGAUGAACCGGUCGGUGUCGGUCGAGAUCCCGCGCAUGGAGGCCGGCGACUACUCGAUCUUCAUCAGCGUGACGGCGGUCCGUAACAAGGAGCGCCCCUCCGUCGAGGACGUCGUCAAGCGCGAGUGCCGCACGCGCGAGGAGAACGCGAAGCUCGCGCAGGUGGGGUACGCGUACGACCUCGCGCACAGCAAGGGGAUCGCGCAUCUGGAGCAGGUUGCCAAGCUGAGGAAGAAGUCCGACCAGAAGAAGGCGAGCAGCUCGCGUGUGCAGGAGAGGCGGAAGCAGUGGGAGAAGAGGCACGCGAAGAGAGAUGUUACGCGGAAGCAGGAGAAGAAGAACCAGGCGAAGAAGGAUCACCGGAAGGAGGCGGCGGAGGCGAAGAAGGAGGCGAAAGCUGCGGAGGCGAGAAGACUGAAAGAGGCUGAGGAGGCUGAGGAGAAGAAACGAGAAGAAGCUGAAGCGGCCGAGAGGAAGAAGAAGGAGGAUGCUGAGGCUGCCGAGAAGAAGAAGAAGAAAGAGGAGGCCGAAGAGGCCGAGCGCAAGGAGAAGGAGAAAAACGCCCCGAAGGACGUGGCGGACCAGACGGAAGAGCCGAAGGAGGGCGAGAAAAAGAGUGGCGAAGGUGAAGAAGCUGCUGCUGCCGAGACAAAGCCUAAAGAAGAUGUGGAAAAAAAGACCAUUGAUGAUACCACAGAGAAGCAAACCACUGGAGAUGCCGAGGAAAAGAAGGAGGCCAAUGAUGAGGCUGCGGAGACGAAACCUAAAGAAGACUCCGUUAAACAGCAGACCGACACUGCAGAGCCGAAGCCUGAAGAUACCGCCGAAGAGAAGCCCACGACCGACGAUUCUGCAGCAGAGCCCAAAGCCGAAGAAUCCACCUCAGAAGCAAAAGCCACAGCCACUCCUCCCACAUCUUCAACCCCCUCAACUUCCACCUCCAAGAACCCCCCUCCAAAACAGGCCAAAAAACCCCAACCACCCCCCACCUCCACCUCCACCUCCACCUCCUCCGACUCCGACUCCGGCGGCGACAGCUCCGACAGCCCCGUGUCCGACUGGGAGCUCCUCUACUCCUCGGACGACAUGUCACGCAAGCCCCGCCCCAACCCCGCGCCUCCCGCGCCGGCCCCCAGCUCCGGCGCCGACAACGCGGCCGAGACCGACGGGGAGAGCGGGCUGCCGGACCCGUGGAACGCGGUGUGCAUCGUCGGGUUCCGGGCGUACUCGCAGGACGAGGACCUGGUGCUGAGGGUGGUGAUGGAGGGCGGGGACAUGGCGGAGAAUGGGAUGGGGGAGAAGGGGGCGGCGGAUAUCGACGACGCGCAGAUGAAUGCGGGGGGGGAGAGGGAGAAGAUUGGGAAGGGGAAGAAGGACAACGCGGAGGAGGUGACAGAUGAGGUGGAGAUUGUGGAUGGGGAGAUCGUGAGGAAGAAGAAGAUUGUUGUGGAGGAUGAUGAUGGUGGUGGUGGUGGUGCUGAUGCUGAUGAUGAGGAGAAGGGGGAGGAGAAAGAAGAAGACAAGAAAGAGAAUGUCAAAGAGGAAGAGGAGAAGAAGAAGAAGGAAGAGAAGCAAGAAGAGAAAGAAGAAGAAGAGAAGCAAGAAAACAACAAGGCAGAGGACAAAGACGAAGUAGAAGCGGAGCCUGCAGAAGAAACCAAAGACGACGAGAACAAGGAGGAAGAAACCAAAGACGACAAAAACGAAGAAGACGAAAGUACCCCCAAGCCCGACGAAAAAGACGACUGCGGCAAGUCAGUCGCGUCCGACUCCACGGACGACUCGACGACCCCGAUCCUAACGCCGGACUCCGACACCGUGGAGUGCACGCCGCAGUAUCCGCAUGAGAAGCCGUCUACCUAA